UUAUUCAAAUCGAUCAAACUAGCCAUGUCUCCAAACGAACACUCGCCAUUUGGUUGCUAAGAGCAGUAGGAAUGUGUUAUUUGCAAUCUGAAUCGAAUCCAACGCGCUGCAAGAUGUCCUACCCCUGUGCUGUGUAUCCGGAUGAAGUGGACUACUUCGUGGAAAGUCUAAGGAAAUUCCAGGUCGCUGACAUCGGAAGUGAGAGCUGGUUCGAACAGAAUGAAACCGUUUUGAAAUUGACUCAACAAGCAUCCAUAGAGGCAAGCACCCAGCAGGAAGAGGUCAUCAAAGAGAAACUUCUCGUCGAAGGAAAACUUCCACUGUUGGUCCACGAAGCGUACUGUGCCCUUGUUUGGAGGAUCAAGGUUCUGCCCAAGCUGAUCGAUUCCAAGGACCAGCUACCGGCUUCGUUUGUGCUUUAUAGCGUUCUAUAUUACGAAGUCAACGUUGUUGCGCUUUUGGAAACACUUCUUUUCCAUCAAACCUGCUGCGAAGCGAUUGGCGACUCCGCUCUAGAUCUUAUCGACUAUUGCGCUCAGGCUUUGGGGCUUUUGGUCGGCUACGCGAAUAGCAAGCAUAAUGAUAUCGAAGAUCCCAAGGCACUUUUGCAGGAACCAGCCAUAGAUGAAUUCAAGCGAAUGAAACUUGAAAUUGACUUUAAAAUUGGUUUGAAAUGCGCUACAAUUUUAAGCUAUUUGAUGAACAACCUCAGCGUUCUUCCACUGAGUGCAACUAAUCGCGUUAUCAAAACCCAUGAUGUACCUUGUUUGAUCGCGGAAAUCUUGCACGCCAAACCAUGGCUUCGUAGAACUGGCAAAGGAUUUGAAAAGUUCCUGGAAGGUCAAUGGACGCCAGUGUAUGGCGAAGAUAUCCUCAAAGUAACCAAAGACGAAGCGCAGGCAUGGUUUUGUUUGUACGCACUGCUUUUCAAUGAAAAUGCCAUGCGAAACUACGAAGCUACUGAUUUCAGAAGAAAAGAGAUAGGAAAGUGCGCUGGUUUGUUGAACGAUCACGUACUGGACCAAGUUCCGGUGCUGUCUCAGCUGAAGCAAUUUUUGUGCAGCUUUCAAAUGGGCAGUGGAGCAACGGGUAAACACCAGGAUAAGUUGUUGCUGGAUGAGGUUCCGGAAAUAAAGGAAGCUUUGUUGGCCGAAGCUAAAAAAGCUGGAUGGAAGGCAAUAAUCGACAAGCACAGGCGGAUUUUCGUUGAACUGUCACAGGAAGAGAUUGGUGCUAUGGCAAAAAGGUAAAGAAAUAUUUCAAAAUCAUCUUAUUUGAAAACGAA